AUGAGCUAAAACAUAAGAACAAUUGUGAGGAUGGUGCAGGACUGGGCACAGUUUCAUUUUGUUGUACAUUGGGUCACUAUGAGUCAUAAUUGACUCAGUGACACCUAACAACACAACACCCAGUGUUGACAUUUUACUGGUGCGAGUGAAGUGUAGAAACGUUAUUUCUCUUUACAUUCCUUUACCCUUUAUAAUAUAACUGUCUUAAGUAUUUCCUCUACAUACAUUGAGAAUCACAUCCGACAAUGUUAUAAUCUUUGCUACAACCAUCAAAUAUCAUUUAGAAAACUCAAGGAAAAUUUGUUGUAUUUACCCAUAUUUUUGUUCUUUCCAUUGUUCUUCCCUCCUGAUGUUCCAAAAUUCCUUCCUUUAUCAUUUCAUGUCUAUUUUUUGUUCUUGGGUGCCAUUGAGUUGGUUUUGACUCAUAGAGACCCCAUGUGAUGGACUACUACUGCCCCAUAGGGUUUUCUUGGCUAUAAUCUUUAUGAAAGCAGAUUGUCAGAUUUUUCUCCCGUAGAGCUGCUGGGUGGGUUUGAACGGCAAAUUUUUUGGUUAGUAGCUCUGAGUGCUUAACCAUUUGCACCACUAAGGCUUCUUUCAUUUUUGUCUAGAGCACCUCCUUUAGCCCUUCUUUUAGGGUAAGUCUGCUGGUGACAAAUUCCCUUAGUUUUCCUUCAUCUGAGAAGGUCUCAUCUUCCACUUUAUUCUCAAAGGAUAUUUCUGCUGAUAUAAAAGUCUAGGUAGGUAGCUUUUUCGCAUUUGAAAAAUGUUGUGCUACUUCUUUCUGCCUUUAUGUCUUCUGGUGAGAAACUUGCUGUUGUUCAAAUUGCAUUUACCAUAUAAGCAAGGUGUCAUUUCUUUCUCGCUUUCAAGAUCUUUUCUUUGCCUUUAGUUUUCAGAAGGUUUACUCUGACGUGUCUUGGCACGUGUUUGUUUGGAUUUAUCCUGUUUGGUGUUCAGUUAGGUUUUUGAAUCUGUAGGUUUAUGUCUUUUUUUAAAUUUGGAAAAAUUCAACCAUUUUUCUUUGAAUACUUUUUCAGCUUUCUCUUCUCCUUCUGGGACUUGGAUGACAUGAAUGUUAGAAGGCUGCUGUUUGUAGUUUUUCCCCCAAAAGCUUUUGAGUUUUAUUUGGCUUUUAAAACUAUUCUCAUGAAAUGAUUUGGUACAAGUUAAGAUUUUUGAAAAAAGCACAUUCCUUCCUCUAGAGUAAGAGGAUGAAACAUAAAAUUACAAACAAUUCUUCUCCUUUGUCCAUUUCUGCUUAGUGUUUGGUGGUUUUUGACUCUGGAUUAACUUUUUAGAGACAUGAGGCUAUAAGCUUCUUGGUUAGUCCACAAGCUUCUUGAGGGCAGGGAGGGGAUUUCAUUUAUGUUUUUAUCUCAGCCCAGCAUGGGUUGUUCAAUGAAUUGAUGGAGAGGACAUUAUUUUAUAUGUGUAGCAUUCACUCAGCAAACACAUAUGGUCCUGCCUUGCACAUCAAUGUUGCAGGGACACAGUUCUCAGUGGUGCCCCCUGUAGGAAGUGGUGCAUGUCAGGAAGGCAGUGCUGGGCGGUGGGCAGAGUAUAGGCUUUGGGGCCAAGCAGAUCCAGAGUCAACCCUGGCCUUGCUGAGCUGUGAGGCUUGGAAAGUUAUUGACGUCCAUAAGGCUCAGUCAUCUGUUAAGUGGGGGUAGCGGUGCCUACUUACUGCUCUUGCUUGAGAUUACAGGAAGUCAGCUAUGAGGCCAGCACAGUACAUACCACAAGCUUCCCUUCCUCCUCCUCCUCCAGGAUGUUACAGCCUCAUUGGGGAAGUUCAACUUGUAUUGAGUAUUUGCCUUAUUCAAGGCACCUGAUGAUCAUUGGCCUUAAUGGUGGACCUAUUUGCUUGAAGAAGUUUCUGUAGCUCCUAGGGAGGGAAUAUAGCAUGGAUUCUGGGUCCAGUCAUCCUGGGUUUGAAUCCCAGCUCUUCCCUGUGCUUUCUGGGUGACCUUGGGCAAAGUACUGAAGAGUUCUGUGCCUUGGGGUCCUCAUCUGUAAAGUGACUAUAGUAAUAGUGCCUUCUUCAGAGGGUUGAUGGGAGACUUAAAUUGUAAUAUGUACAGGUAAGUGUCUGGAACGUGCCUGGCUCUGUAGAUGCAUUUGCUAUUAUCCCAUACCCUGUGCUUGAGGGUAAAACAAUGGGCUUUGAAUGGGGUGAAAAGACUCUUAGAAGUCUUAUUCUCUAAUCCCAGCCCCAAAUUAGAGAUAAGGAAAUCAAAGCCCAGAGAAGAAAAACUGACUUGUUCCAACACAAAACUCAGUGGUAGAGGCAGACCAAGCACCCGACUCCAUGGAAGCCUUGUACUCUUUCUGGAUCUUUCUAGAUCAGCUAAGGGGGGCUCAGUGGAACUUUGUGUUUCAUGCCUGUCUGUGUCAUCUCUCAACUGGUGGAAGUUGCCCAAGACAGGUGGGAGCUGCAGACACGUAAGGCUGGAGUGGCCCACCUACUUGCCUGCCUGGGUGCAGGUAUUCAUCUUUCCACCUGGGAACAGCAAGCUGGCUGAGAAGACAUCUCCCCUCAUCUUCUUUGCAGACUGAAGGUUUAUGGAAGGAAGGUGGUGUGUGAGUGCGGCUACACACGUGAGCAGCACUUGGAGGAGGCCAUCAAGGCCCACGUGUUCCAGGGCAAGGAGUGGGACCCCAAGAAGCACGUCCAGGAGAUGCCCACAGAUGCCUUUGGUGACAUUGUCUUCACAGGCUUGGGCCAGAAGGUGGGAAAGUAUGUCCGAGUCUCCCAAGACACACCCUCCAGCGUGAUCUACCAUCUCAUGACCCAACACUGGGGCCUGGAUGUCCCUAACCUCUUAAUCUCGGUGACGGGUGGGGCCAAGAACUUCAACAUGAAGCUGAGGCUAAAAAGCAUCUUCCGGAGAGGCCUGGUCAAGGUGGCCCAGACCACAGGAGCUUGGCUCAUCACUGGGGGAUCCCACGCUGGGGUGAUGAAGCAGGUGGGUGAAGCGGUGAGGGACUUCAACCUGAGCAGCAGCUACAAGGAAGGUGAUGUCAUCACCAUUGGAGUUGCCACCUGGGGCACUGUUCAUAACCGGGAGAGUCUGGUCCACCCUAUGGGCGGCUUCCCUGCCGAGUACGUCCUGGACGAGGAAGGCCAGGGGAACCUCACCUGUCUGGAUAGCAACCACUCCCACUUCAUCCUGGUGGACGAUGGGACCCACGGCAGAUAUGGGGUGGAGAUUCCCCUGAGGACCAGGCUGGAGAAGUUCAUAUCGGAACAGACAAAAGAAAAGGGAGGGGUGGCCAUCAAGAUCCCCAUCGUCUGCGUGGUGCUGGAAGGCGGCCCUGGCACACUGAACACCAUCUACAACGCCAUCACCAAUGGCACCCCCUGCGUGAUCGUGGCAGGCUCGGGCCGUGUGGCUGAUGUCAUCGCCCAGGUGGCCCACCUGCCCAUCUCAGAGAUCACCAUCUCCCUGAUCCAGAAGAAGCUGAGCAUGUUCUUCCAGGAAAUGGAGAUCUUCACGGAAAGCAGGAUCGUGGAGUGGACCAAAAAGAUCCAAGACAUUGUCCGAAGGAGGCAGCUGCUGACCAUCUUCCGGGAGGGCAAGGAUGGCCAGCAGGACGUGGACAUAGCCAUUCUGCAGGCCCUACUGAAGGCCUCUCGGAACCACGACCACUUUGGCCACGAGAACUGGGACCACCAGCUGAAGCUGGCAGUGGCGUGGAACCGCGUGGACAUCGCACGGAGUGAGAUCUUCACUGAUGAACAGCAGUGGAAGCCUUCAGAUCUGCACCCCAUGAUGACCGCUGCCCUCAUUUCCAACAAGCCUGACUUUGUGAAGCUCUUCCUCGAGAACGGGGUGCAGCUGAAGGAGUUUGUCACCUGGGACACCCUGCUGUAUCUGUACGAGAACCUGGCACCCUCCUGCCUGUUCCACUGCAAGCUCCAGAAGGUGCUGGCCGAGGAGCCCGAGCGCCUAGCCUGCACUCCCGCCGUGCCCCGCCUGCAGAUGCACCACGUGGCACAAGUGCUGCACGAGCUGCUGGGAGACUUCACGAAGCCACUCUACCCCCGGCCCCGGCACAGUGACCGGUCGCGGCUCUCGCUGCCUGUGCCACACAUCAAGCUCAACGUGCAGGGAGUGAGUCUCCGGUCCCUCUACAAGCGAUCGUCAGGGCACGUCACCUUCACCGUGGACCCUGUCCGAGACCUGCUGAUUUGGGCCAUCAUCCAGAACCGCCAGGAGCUGGCGGAAAUCAUAUGGGCUCAGAGCCAGGACUGUAUCAUGGCGGCCUUGGCCUGCAGCAAGCUCCUGAAGGAGCUGUCCAAGGAGGAGGAGGACACGGACAGCUCAGAGGAGAUGCUGGCACUGGCGGACGAGUAUGAGCUGAGAGCCAUCGGGGUCUUCACUGAGUGCUACCGGAAGGAUGAGGAGCGGGCCCAGAAGCUGCUCAUCCGAGUGUCCGAGGCCUGGGGGAAGACCACCUGUCUGAAGCUCGCUCUUGAAGCCAAGCACAUGAAGUUUGUGUCUCACGGAGGUGUCCAGGCCUUCCUGACCAAGGUGUGGUGGGGCCAGCUCUGUGUGGACAAUGGGCUGUGGCAGGUGAUGCUGUGCAUGCUGGUCUUCCCGCUGCUCUUCACCGGCCUCGUCUCCUUCAGGGAGAAGAGGCUGCAGUCGGACCGGUCAGCCCGCGUCCGGGCCUUCUUCAGCGCGCCUGUGGUCAUCUUCCACCUCAACAUUCUCUCUUACUUCGCCUUCCUCUGGCUGUUCGCCCACGUGCUGAUGGUGGACUUCCAGGCCUCGCCCUCCUGGCGGGAGUGCAUCGUCUACUGCUGGCUCUUCUCGCUGGUGUGCGAGGAGACGCGGCAGCUCUUCUACAACCCCAACGGGUUCGGGCUGCUGAAGAUGGCCUCCUUGUACUUCAGCGACUUCUGGAAUAAGCUGGACGUCGGAGCCAUCCUGCUCUUCAUAGCAGGGCUGACCUGCAGGCUCAUUCCGGCAACGCUGUACCCUGGGCGGAUCAUCCUGUCCCUGGACUUCAUCAUGUUCUGCCUCCGGCUGAUGCACAUCUUUACCGUCAGUAAGACGCUGGGGCCCAAGAUAAUCAUCGUGAAGCGGAUGAUGAAGGACGUCUUCUUCUUCCUCUUCCUGUUGGCGGUGUGGGUCGUGUCCUUUGGAGUGGCCAAGCAGGCCAUCCUCAUCCACAACGAGAACCGGGUGGAUUGGAUCUUCCGAGGGGUUGUCUACCACUCAUACCUCACCAUGUUUGGGCAGAUCCCAGCUUACAUUGAUGGAGUGAACUUCGACCCUGAGCACUGCAGCCCCAACGGCACAGACCCCUACAAGCCCAAGUGCCCAGAGAGUGAUACGACCCUGCAUGAGCCUGCCUUCCCUGAGUGGCUGACGGUCAUCCUGCUCUGUCUGUAUCUGCUCUUCACCAACAUCCUUCUGCUCAACCUCCUUAUCGCCAUGUUCAACUAUACUUUCCAGCAGGUGCAGGAGCACACAGACCAGAUCUGGAAGUUCCAGCGCCAUGACCUGAUCGAGGAGUACCAUGGCCGGCCCCCAGCCCCACCACCCCUCAUCCUUCUCAACCACCUGCAGCUCCUGGUCAGACGGGUCAUCCUCAAGAUCCCGCCCAAGAGGCACAAGCAGCUCAAAAACAAGCUGGAGAAGAACGAGGAGGCCGCUCUCCUGUCCUGGGAGAUCUACCUGAAAGAGAACUACCUGCAGAACCAGCAGUACCAGCUGAAGCGGAGGCCUGAGCAGAGGGUCCAAGACAUUGGCAAUAAGGUUGACACCAUGGUGGAGCUGCUGGAUGUGGACCGAAUGAAGAGGUCAGGCUCCUUGGAGCAGAGACUGGCCUCCCUGGAGGAGCAGAUGGCCCAGAUAGCCAGAGCACUGCACUGGAUCGUGAGGGCUCUGAGGGAUGGCGGCUUGGGCUCAGAGGCGGACGCCCCGGCUCCAGCACCCCAGAAGGCCCCCGAGGAGCAGGACCUAACGCCGGGCAGCAGGCAGAAGGUGGAGGACGGGGAUGACCUGUACCACGUGAACGCCCGCCACCUCCUCUACCCCAGCUGCCCAGUCACACGUUUCCCCGUGCCGGACGAGAAGGUACCCUGGGAGACGGAGUUUGUGAUCUACGACCCCCCCUUCUACACGGCCGAGAGGAAGGACAAGGCAAUCGUGGACCCUGUGGGGAGCUCCCUGGAGCUGCUGUCCAAGAUCAGUUACAACACCGUGGAUGGGCUGGUGGACCGCCGGAGCUUCCAUGGCCCCUACACAGUCUGUGACGGCCUCCCCUUGAACCCCAUGGGCCGCACGGGGCUGCGUGGGUGCGGGAGCCUCAGCUGCUUCGGACCCAACCACGCACUGCACCCAGUCGUCACCCGGUGGCGGCGGAACCAGGACGGGGCCAUCUGCAGGAAGAGCAUCAAGAAGGUGCUGGAGGUGCUGGUGGUGAAGCACUUAUGGUCGGAGCACUGGGCGCUGCCCGGGGGCUCCCGGGAACCAGGGGAGACACUGCCCCGGAAGCUGAAGCGGAUCCUGCGGCAGGAGUUCUGGCCGUCCUUCGAGAGCCUGCUGAAGCAGGGGGUGGAGGUGUACAGAGGUUACGUGGAUGAUCCGAGGAACACAGACAAUGCCUGGAUAGAGACUGUGGCCAUCAGCGUCCACUUUCAGGACCAGAACGAUGUGGAGCUAAAGAGGCUGAACUCUGUAUGGGGCUGGGGACGUGGCUCUGAGGGGUGGGGGUGGAGGCUAGCUUGCUCUUGAAAUGCCUCAGGGCUUCCAGGGAAGGGAUCUGAUUUGUGGAGGCUGCAGGGGGCCAGAGCUUUGUCCAGAAGGUGCUGGGCCCGUCACUAGAGGAAGGGGACCAGGGAGAGGCCAGAAAUCAGCAGGACUUGGUGGCCGGAGCCGAGUCAGGACUGGGGUGACUGCUAGGGUCCUGUGCAGCCCUGCGACCCCAGGGCCUCCUGGGAAGGCCUCCUGGGUCAUGUCUGGGGGUGCUGGCAAGGCUUCACUGCUCCUGGCCUAUAUACACCU